CAAACCUGUUUAUGUUAUGCAUUAACACUGAAUGGGUCAGUUGUGGCAUUAAAUGUGUUUUCUAAUGGAGCAUGUCAACUAUUUUUCAAUUAUUUAUCAUAUAAAGGAAUACAAAUUAACUUAAAUUCGACAUUAUAUUUACUACAACCAUUACCAACAGAUCAAUGUUGUAAAAAUAUUUCAUGGGUAUUAAAUAAAAUUGAAAAUUCAUUAACGAGUUCCGUCGAUGUAGCAGGACCAUUGAAUUUAUAUAUUGAUGACCAGGAUAAUCUAGUUACUGCUGAAUAUUAUGGAAGGCUGAUUAAGUUGAAUCGCUAUAAUUUAACGGUAUUAAAUAGAAUUACUUUACUGGAUGGAGUUGGUGCUAUAAGUUAUAAUGAAGGCUAUUAUUAUAUUGGCUCAGGAAUACCGGGAACGACAACAGCUUAUCUAUCGAUUUAUGAUAGUCAUACUAUGGCACUUAUAGUGAAUAUAACCGGUCCCACCAGUUAUUUUGGACCAAUAAGAGAAUGUCGUUUUAUAAAUAAUAAUAGUAUAAUGAUUGCUUUAUCACAAGCACAAUACAGUUAUUCUUUACUAUUAUUUUAUCAAAUUAAUUCACCGACAAAUUAUACAUUAAUUAGACAAUUGAUGGCACCAACAUGGGCUGUUUAUUGUCUAUAUAAAGUGAAUGAUACGUUUUUCUAUUUGACCAUGUUUUAUACAAAUAGUUUAAUUUAUACUGUUCAAUAUAAUUCAUUUACACAAAAUUGGACAAUAACACAAUUUGUUACUUUAACUGUACAACCAACAACACCGGCAAGUGUUUUGAUUGAUCCAUGUAAUCGAAUAUGGGUUGCAGAUUAUUAUGGUGGUAUUCGAAUUUAUGAUCAACAAGGUCAAUACUUAACAACAUGGAAUACAAUUGUACAAACACCUCUAUAUAUGUUAAUGUUAGAUAAUUACGAACUAUAUAUUGCUGAUGAUGGAAAUAAUCGGAUAUUAAGAUUUGUACCCAAUAUACAGUGUAUCGUAUAG